UUUGUUGGAUCCUUUGCGACAUACACAAUCCUUGCUCAUCUGGCUGUAUUGAACUUAGUACAGUAUAUCAUUGAUAACCCAACAACUGUCUGGUUUAUUGGCCCUCUAUUUGCUUCUUUGACAGGAGCAGCCCGGAGCUACUCGUCAUGGCAUCAUGUAGAUGCACGAGGAGCGCCUGUCUUCAAAGAAGGCCUCUGCUAUGGAAAACUGGAAGCUGCUGUUCUCACAUUCAUCAUACCCAUGGUUCUUCUUGGUCACCUGACAGGUUUAAUGGAUGAUGGAGCAAAACUCAAUCUUUUGGCUUCAUGGAUGGCACUCUUUGUGAUAUUUGCCGGAAGAAAGUUUACUCAACCCAUUAAGGAUGACAUCGGUGACAAAUCUGUCUUCAUGUUCAACUCUCUUUCAAAAGACCAAAAAAAGUCCCAAAUUGAGAAACUUGAGCAACAAAAACCGAGUUAGAAUCUCCGCUAGAUAUGAAAAUGAGGCCAUAAAUUUUGACUCUACGUUGCUUGUUUAGUUCUUUGAUAUAAUUAUAAAUUUAUUUUCUAUACCGUAUAGUGUUGAAAUUAGUUUUAUUGUCGACGGCUGUGCGGUUCAAUUUAUUAGUUGGAGCCUCAGGUGUGAUGUAUGCUCAGGUUUGCUUGUAUAGUUUCAUGUAAAGGAGACGGUUUCGAUUAUGUAGCCUUGCCUUGCCAUUUUAGAAGGAAAAAAGUUCUGAU